CUUACAAUGAAUGACCAGGAUCCAUUUGAUACCCUCGAAAAAGAAUAUAGAGUACAGUUGGAGGAGAAUCAAAUUGCCAAACUACACGCCGCAUUGCAGUAUAUCAACUCUGAACAGCUUAUUAAUGUGUUGCAUAAUUACAUUGCACUUGGCCUACAAGAGCAAAUAGAUGCAUGUGGUGAUAUUACUGAAUGGAGAAUUCAUGAUGUUUUCCAAAACAUCGAAAAUGUGGGCGUCAUCACUGGUUUUGAAGACAACUUUCCAAAAGACAUUUUAAUCAAGAAUCUGUUCUUUACAUGGAAUGAAAUUAUCAAAUAUUGUCACAAAAAUUAAAUAUGUGUAGUUAAUACAAUGUUACUUCAUAAAUGAAGUUACCAAUAUUUGUUGUUGUUACAAUGCCCCUUGAAUCAG